UGCAGUGCAGCAUCAUCAGCAGCUCUGGCUGAGCUGGAUGGAAUGACUUCACUUCUAAAUAAGCCGGCAAUCACUCAUCAUCGAACGAACGAAGAGCUGAACGGGAGCGUAGUUUUUUUUCUGCAUUGUGUAACAUCUCGCUCGUGUUGGGAGCCCACGCGCCGUUCCAGUUCCGACCCCGAAGUGGAGGCGUCAAAUGGAAAAUGAUUGCCAUCUUCAAGUUGCUGCUUGUUUCGAUUGUUCUCGGUGAUAGGGAAAGAAGCGCGGUAGCCGGUCGAAACGAUUACGAGUUUAUUAACCUGCCGAAAUCGCAUCUCCCGUUAUACUUUCGUCGGUUCCCUCAGCUAGAACGAAGGUGUUUGGAUGAUGAAGCUUGCGAGUACCGGAAGGUGCUGGCCAGCGAUGCGUACAAGGCGAAGAAGAACAUGUGCUGGGGCUACGAGGAUGUAUGCGAAGAGAAAAAUCGGUUCUCGAAGCCACAGUGUCCGGGAGAUUUCCGGGGAUACGUGAAGACGAAGGAAGCCCAGCUUGAGACGUUCUAUGCGCAGGCGGAUUUUGGGUUUAUACGCGAUCAGAUCCGGGAGACAAGGAUUAUGUGCGAGCCUAGAUUUCCGCACGAUUCGGCUCUUGAGUGUUCAAAGUAUUUGCGGUUUUGUCGGGGGCGAAACAUUAUGGUUAAUUUCACGGAUUUGAUCCACAGACCGGAGCCUCUGCGGUAUAAAAUGGACGUACUAAGCCAUGGUCAGAUUGGAGGUCACUGCAAGCUGCACCGGAAGCGAUUGGAAGAUGAACUGGAACACAUAAGCCCCCUGCAGUCCUGGGGCCCGGAGCUAAGGUUCUUCGACACAGUCGAUCAACCGCUGUCCCAAGGUGGAAAGUGUGACGUUACCAUCGAACGACCGGCGUUCCUGAUGAAGAUUGAUGCCACCAUCAACAUGUACCAUCAUUUCUGCGAUUUCAUCAACCUGUACGGUUCGCUACAUGCCAAUCUGUCCGAUCCGACCGGAUUCACAACGGACGUCGAAAUUCUUGUUUGGGAAUCGUUCACUUACGAUUCACCUUUUGCGGAGACGAUGAAGGUGUUUACCAAACACCCGAUUGCGGACCUGAAAACAUACGCUGGCAAAGUGGUCUGCUUCAAAAAUCUCGUGCUUCCUCUACUGCCCAGGAUGAUCUUCGGAUUGUAUUAUAAUACGCCUAUUAUUUCCGGUUGCGAAAACAGUGGCUUCUUCCAGGCUUUCUCCGAGCACGUGCUGCACCGGCUGAAAGUCCCGUUGAAGAGUCGAACGGAUCGCAAGCUUCAAAUAACAUUCCUCUCGCGGCAAACCAAAUUCCGGCGGGUGCUGAACGAAAACGAACUGCUGGAGGAAAUCUCCGAGAAUGAUCACUAUCGGAUCAACCGGGCCAGUUUCACGUACAAAACGGACUUCCGGGAACAGCUCAAAAUCACCCGAAACACCGAUAUCUUCAUCGGAAUGCACGGCGCCGGGCUGACGCAUUUGCUUUUCCUUCCCAAGUGGGCCGUCUUGUUCGAGUUGUACCACUGUGAAGACCCCAACUGCUAUAAGGAUCUGGCCCGUCUCAAGGGAGUUCGUUACCUGUCGUGGGAGCGGGAGGAUUUGGUUUACCCGGAGGACGAAGGUCAUCACCCGGCCGAUGGGGGAAGGCAUGCCAAGUUCACCAACUAUGCCUUCGAUGCGAAAGAGUUUGCCCGGUUGGUGGCAACCGGGGCCGAGCACGUGUGGAACCACCAGGACUACCAGCAGCAUUUGGAGCGAUCGCGGAGAAAAUGGAAAAAGUCGUCCACGAACGAUGAGCUGUAACCGGGGAGAGGAGGUACGUAUGAAGUGGGACGGCAAUUGGAAGAAGCUACUUAAACACUAAGACUAAAUCAUUCCUAUUUGACAACGAAAAGUUAACCAAUGUUGCCUUGUUGAUACAACGAACGAAGCGCUAUAUACAAUUUACCUUUAUCCUCUAACUGAACAUACUCAAGCGUAAUCUCGUUACUCGAAUAAUAGUAUUAUUUUAUGAA